UUGCAUUUUUAAAAAAAAGUGUAAUGAACUUAUCGUGAAUAAAUUACACAUUUAAUGAUUCUAUAUGAUUCCCCAGAAUUAAUACACAAUUGGGCUUUCUCAAGGUCUGGGCAUUUUGUCUCGAUUGAUUCUCAUUGAAUCCUCCAAUGUGCCCCCAUUACAGAGACUCUGAAUUCUUUGAUGGUUUUCCGAAAUCGGGCACGAAAUGAUUGAAUGAAGCUAUAAAUUUCCCGAUUCGUUGGAUCGGUUGAAUGAAGCCUUCAAUGAGUCUCGUUAUAGAGGUUUCCACUUCCUUGUUCUUCCAUUAAUUUGACAUAAAUGAGUCUUCAAAACCUUCAAUGAUUAUCCUAAAUUGGGGGGCAAAAAAAACCAAUUUAUUGCAAUAACAAUGUCUGAAACCAAAGAAUCCGAUAAAUCGAAGGUCACAAAAUUCAUUGAGAAGAUCAAGAAAUUGCCAUCCUCGAUAUGUCACAAGGUAUGGGAUGUAGCGAAAGAAGACCCGAGGCGAGUAAUUCACGCUGUGAAGAUGGGCACAGCCAUUACAUUGGUCUCCUUGCUUUAUCUCUUGGGUCCUCUAUACAAAAUUUUCGGAUCAAAUGCAAUGUGGGCUGUGAUGACAGUUGUUCUGGUUCUUGAAUUUACCGCAGGUGCAACAUUGUACAAGGGCUUGAACAGAGGAUUAGGGACAGUGUGCGCAGGCGGUCUAUCGUUGCUCAUAGAACUCUCGGCUGCAAAGGCUGGCAAUGUUUAUAAGGUCGUUAUCAUAGGCGUUUCGAUAUUUUUUGUAGGAGCCGGAGCCACAUUUGUGAGAUUCAUCCCAUACAUAAAACAGAACUACGACUACGGAGUGAUAAUUUUCCUUCUAACUUUCAAUCUCAUAACAAUAUCAAGCUUCAACGUCAAAGACCUCCUUGGAAUGGCACGUGAACGCCUGUACACGAUAGGUUUCGGUUCUGCGAUCAGUCUCUUCAUGUGCCUCUUCAUUCUACCAAAUUGGUCAGGCCAAGAUCUUGAGAAAUCUACUGUUAACAAACUCGAAGCCUUAGCGAAAUCUAUUGAAGCUUGUGUGAAUGAUUAUUUUGAAGAUACGGAGAUCAGAGAUGAGAAAUCAUCGAGGUACCAGACGUAUAAGGGUUAUAGAACAGUUUUGGACUCGAAAUCUACGGACGAAGCUCAAGCAUUGUUUGCCAGUUGGGAACCAAGGCACUCAAGGCGACGAUAUCCCUGGCAGAGAUACGUGGAGCUCGGGACAACCCUUCGACACUUUGCAUAUACUGCCGUUGCAUUGCAUGGCUGUUUGGAAUCUUCAAUUCAGGCUCCACAAUCUCUUCGGUCUCAAUUCAGAGAUCCCUGCACUCGACUGGCUGCAGAAGUCUACAAAGUCCUAAACCAGCUUGCCACCGGCAUUAAAAACCACCGCCACUGCCCACCAAAUGUUCUCUCUGAUCAACUCCACAGAGCCCUUCAAGAUCUCGACUCAGCCAUUAAAUCUCAACCCCAGGUUUUUCUUGGCCCCAGCAGAUUCCCUUCCACCGAAAAAGCCAGUGUCCCCGAAACACUACACCAUUUGAAAAGCAAGAGGCUAGAUAAUCAAAAAAGUAGAAAACAAGAAGAUACAGAGAAAGAUUCAGCUGACCAGAAAGUACUGAGGCCACAACUGAGCAUGAUUGUGAUACGCAACCUUGAGUUCUCAGAUGCUCUUCCAUUCGCAGCUUUUGCUUCAUUGCUGGUGGAGAUGGUAGCGAGGCUUGAUCUUGUGAUCGAAGAAUUUGAAGUUUUGGGAAAAGCUGCAAAGUUUAAGAAGUAUUCGAAGAGAGAGAGCAGGAAACAUAAAGACAAGAAAAAUAGCGCGAAAUGGCCAGGUCGUGUUGUUCCACAAGCUGCAGAUAUUGAGAACCAAUCCAAGUCGUUGGCUUAACAAUCAAGAGAGGAGUCUUUGUUUCCGCUUCUUGCACACUCGAAACACUGUUUUGAAUCUAGUAUAUGUAACAGUCAAGAAAGAAGCCUUUUGCUGAUACCUACUGUUUCAGGAAAUUUAUUUAGCACUCCUAAAUUCUGACUGCACUCAAAUUUCUUGUUUUCAUAAUUUCAGAUUGCAUAACUUCUUGUUAUGACUU